GAAAGUUUGCAUCAAUUAAAAGAUUGAUAGUUGCUUUAUUGCUUUAAUAGAUAUUUUAAGUAGUUAUUGUGAAUAAAAUAGAUUUAUCUUACAAAGAAAGGCCAAGAAGUUGGAAACGGAGAUGGGGAGGAACAAGAAGUGGAAGAUGCUGUUAUUGAUGCUCUUUGCUCAGCCAAAUUCAACUGUUAUUCUUCACCAAAUGGUAUUCUUCCAUCAAGGAGGUUUCCGAGAUGAAAAGGAAGCUGAAAAUUCUUGUUAUUGCUGACGAAGCUUAUGAGCAUCUAAUAUUUAAAAAUACUCCAUUUGUGCCUAUUGGGAGUGUUUGGAUCCAUUGUCCCUAUUAUUACACUUGGUUCUAUUUCAAAGAGAUGGCUCAUUCCUGGUUGGGAAACUUGAUUGGCUUGUAACAAGUGAUCCCAAUGGCAUCCUUGAAGUAUCUGAUAUCCAUUUUUCUCUAAAUCUCUCUAAUCUUAUUUGUUUACUAAGAAAAUAAGCUGGUGAAGUUGAACACUUUCUUCUCUGUCAGAUUUAUAGAAUUAUAGAAUUAUAUAUUUCUCACAUAUAUUAAGUCAAGCAUUUGCAAACCUUGAUGCAACAAAAGUUUCAUUUUAUUAAUUUUUGGUUAAAAUAGUAUGCUUUCAAAUCCUAUUAGCAAGGAUCUAUGCAGUCUCAGUGAAUAUUUUGCAUAAUCUGAUCUUUUAGGUACUUGAAAAACUAACAAGCAUAUAUGUUAACACAUUUGAUUGCCACUUAAAAAAGAAAAAAAGAAAAAAAGAAAAUUAAAAGAAGUAAAAAGUAUUAUAGUUACAACAUUGCAGGUGAAGCUAAAUCUGUCUGAUUUGUUGGAUGACAAUGGAGAUGCUUUUGAAGUUUUGGUUUCGAACCUCGCUGAAGAGGAAUCUGUUGUACUAGAACCAGGUUAAAAACAGGGCAGUGGCAGAGUACCUGUGUCCUUGUGUUGCAUAUAAAUUAUCACCAGACAAUGCUUAUCUGACAUCCUAAUUGCUGAUUUUGUUGACCAUUAAUCGUAUACAAACUCAAUAGAUUUGUUACACUUUACACAAAUCUCAGGGCAACCAUUCUAAGGAUCUUGUUCCUUAAAAUAGCGACAAAUUAUAUUUAAACCCUUUGAUUGUCAGUUCUCUAUUAAAUUUUGAAAUCAAAUAUCUUUUAUUUUAUAUGUGUGACAAGACCAACGUGGGGAUGUUCCAUUUUUAUUUUUUUAUUUAUUUUUUUUCAAUGGUAGAAAUUAAUUAAUUGUUUUUAUAGACAAAAAAAGUGAUCACCAGCUUCUUCUCAAAACUCAUAUAUUUGGUAAGUAAAUAUAUAUAAGAAAGAAGGCUUAGGCUAUAGCUUCAUGGGACCCCAUUGCAUUGCAAAGUAGAUGAGCUAAGUAAGUUUAGAAAUGGAAGAGGCUUUGAAGAAGUGGAACUUUGAAGGAGUUGACGGAUCAGUAGACGACAUGGAAAGGGCGUCCGCAUACACUGUCCGAGGAGUUGUAUGCAGCAUAAUGGACAGUCUCAACGGUGAUGAUAUGAGGACAGUGGUUCGUCUCGGCCAUGGCGAUCCUUCCAAUUUUCCAUCAUUCCGUACUUGUACUGUUGCUGAAGAUGCCAUUGUUGAUGCUCUUCGGUCCGCCAAGUAUAACCACUAUUCUGUUAAAAAUGGCAUUCUUCCAGCAAGAAGGGCAAUGGCAGAGUACCUGUCUCGUGAUCUCCCAUAUAAAUUAUCACCAGAUGAUGUUUAUCUUACAGUUGGUUGCGAGCAAGCUAUUGAUGUCAUAUUGACGGUCCUUAGCCGUCCUGCUGCCAAUGUUCUGCUUCCGCGGCCAGGCUUCCCAUUGUACGAAGCUCGUGCUGCGUGUUGCAGUCUUGAAGUCCGGCAUUAUAAUUUGCUCCCAGGACGAGAUUGGGAGGUUGAUCUUGAAGCUGUUGAAGCAUUAUCUGAUGAGAAUACCGUUGCCAUUGUCAUCAUAAAUCCUGGCAAUCCUUGUGGAAGUGUCUAUAAGCACCAGCAUUUGGAGAAGGUCACGAAGAUGGCAAGGAAGCUUAGAAUUCUUGUAAUUGCUGAUGAAGUUUAUAACCAUUUAACUUUUGGAACAACUCCAUUUGUGCCAAUGGGAGUUUUUGGAUCAACUGUGCCAGUUAUUACCCUUGGUUCUAUAUCAAAGAGAUGGUUCGUACCAGGUUGGAGACUUGGUUGGCUCGUGACAAGCGAUCCCAAUGGAAUCCUUAAAAAAUCCGGGGUUGCCAAGAACAUCAUGGGUUACCUCUAUGUCUCAGCUAACCCUGCAACCUUCAUUCAGGUGAAGCUAAAUCUCUCUUUUCUGGAAGACAUUGAUGAUGAUAUGGACUUUUGCAUAAAGCUUGCGAAAGAGGAAUCUGUUAUAGUUCUACCAGGAGUUGCCUUGGGAUUGAAGAAUUGGAUUCGUAUUACUUUUGCCAUUGAGCCUUCAACUCUUGAAGAUGGGUUUGGGAGAAUAAAACACUUCUCCCUAAGGCAUAAAAAGAAGCAAUAGCAUUUUAUGUUGGAAAACAUAAGUACUUGAUUGUCCUGUUAUAGCUUUCGAGUGAUUAAUAGAAGAGUGGUUGGUUGGAGAUCAACUUCGUGAUUGAUCUCAUCAUGCAAUUAUGUAGCUAGAGAUCACCAACUCAAUUUGCGCUGCACAACUUUUCUUUGGAUAAGUAGUAAUG